CUCCCCCUCGCGCACACGACCAGCUUGCUGGGCCCAACGCCAACGAAUAACAUUUGACAUCGCAUGAACUAGAGCAGGAGACGGUCUCGGAUGCGUUCAGAUGGUUCAGACAGCAAACAGAGCUUCCACUACAUAGUUCGCUCAGGUCUUGCUGGAGGUAUCGCAGGUUGCGUCGCGAAGACUGUCGUCGCACCUCUCGACCGCGUCAAGAUCUUAUUCCAGGCUUCAAAUCCAGAAUACCAGAAGUAUGCCGGCUCGUGGAGUGGUGCAUUUCGCGCCGCUGGGCAUAUUUACAAGGAAAAUGGUGCUCGCGGGCUCCUGCAGGGGCAUUCAGCGACCCUACUCCGCAUAUUUCCGUACGCGGCCAUUAAGUUCAUGGCAUACGACCAGGUUGAACAUAUCCUCAUGCCUACGCCGGAAUCACAAACUAAUGUCAGGCGGUUCUCUGCUGGUGCUAUGUCAGGGGUGAUAUCUGUCUUCUUCACGUACCCCCUCGAGCUCAUCCGCGUCCGCAUGGCUUUCCUCACGCGCUCUUCCCCUCCUCACGGACUCCCAUACGAACGUCCCACCUUCCUCCGUGUCAUGUCCUACAUCUACCGCGAAGGUGCCAGCCUCCCGCCAUCCUCCGACUCCGCCCCCGCCUCCACCUCCGUCUCUACACGCGCGCUUUUCACGCGCUUUCCUAUCCUGAAAUUUUACCGCGGCUUCUCUGUCACGGUUGUCGGCAUGGUCCCCUACGCCGGCACGUCCUUCCUCACUUGGGGCUUCCUGCGCUCUCAGCUUAUCCCCCCACCUUCGCCGUCCCCGGACAAACCCGGCUCCUCCGAUGUGUCACAUAUUUCGCGAGCGAGACCCACACCGCUCGCCGACCUCGCGAUCGGUGCGGUCUCCGGCGCGAUCGCGCAGACCGCGUCAUACCCGUUCGAAGUUGUGCGGCGGCGCAUGCAAGUUGGUGGGGUGACGCGCCCAGAUCGCUGGCUGCGGUGGGGCGAGACGGCGCAGGCGAUCUGGGGGGCGCGUGGCUGGCGCGGAUUCUACGUCGGUCUGAGCAUUGGAUAUCUGAAGGUCGUGCCAAUGACUGCAGUCAGCUAUGCGGUAUGGCAGUGGGGAAAACGAGUGCUAGGCGUAUGAUGCAUUGUCGCGUAAAGGUGAAUGUGUGUAUUCUAGUGUGUCACCGUUACCAUGCUGCAUCUUUGC